AUGGAGCUUCACGGAGCUCUAGUGGCUAGUCCAGGGAUGGGCCACGCCGUACCAAUCUUAGAACUCGGAAAACGUCUCCUGAACCAACAUGGUUUCGACCGUGUCACCGUCUUCCUAGUCACGGAUGAUGUCUCACGCUCGAAAUCCCUAAUCGGUAAAACGUCGACAGAAGAAGAUCCCAAGUUCGUGAUCAGGUUUCUCCAGCUCGGUGUUUCAGGUCAAGAGCUUAACGGUUCGCUUUUAACUAAACUAGCGGAGAUGAUGAGGGAGGCGUUACCACAGAUCAAGUCCGCCUUCAUGGAGCUAGAGCCGAGGCCUAGCGUCAUCGUCGUUGACUUGUUAGGCACGGAAGCUUUGGCUGUGGCCAAGGAGCUUCAAAUCAUGAAGAAACAUGUUCUGGUCACCACAAGUGCUUGGUUUCUAGCCCUUACGGUUUAUAUGGCGAGUCUUGACAAAGAGACGUUGCUUAAACAAUUGAGAAGCAGAGGAGCGUUGCUUAUACCGGGAUGUAACCCGGUUAUGUUUGACCCGGUUAAAGAUCCAAGUAAUUACAUCCGGGAACUCGCCGAGUCUCAGCGAAUUGGCGCUGAGGUGAUAACUGCGGACGGGGUGUUUGUAAACACGUGGCAUGAUCUGGAGCCGGUGACGAUCGGAUCUUUCUUGGAUCCGGAGAAUCUUGGUCGGGUUAUGAGAGGUGUGCCGGUUCACCCUGUUGGACCGUUGGUUAGAUUCGCGGAACCGGGUUUGAAGCAUGAUGUGCUUAACUGGCUUGACUUGCAACCGAAGGAGUCAGUGGUUUAUGUUUCUUUCGGAAGUGGUGGGGCACUGACCGCCGAGCAGACGAUGGAGCUGGCUUACGGUUUGGAGCUGACCGGGCAAAGGUUUAUUUGGGUCGUCCGGUCACCAGCUGAAGAUGAUCCAUCAGCGUCAAUGUUUGACAAAACCAAGAACCAGACAGAACCACUUGAUUAUUUACCCGAAGGGUUCCUAGACCGGACCAAAGAUAUCGGUUUGGUGGUCCGGACAUGGGCACCGCAAGAGGAGAUCUUGGCACAUAAGUCAACAGGAGGGUUUGUGAGUCACUGCGGAUGGAACUCGGUUUUGGAGAGUAUAGUCAACGGUGUGCCGAUGAUAGCCUGGCCUUUGUACUCAGAACAGAGCAUGAACGCGCGGCUGGUUUCCGAAGAGCUAAAGAUCGCGACACGAGUUGGCGUUGACGAUGGGAUCGUGAAGAAGGAAGAGAUAGUUGAAAUGGUGAAGAGAAUGAUGGAUGAGGAAGAAGGAAAAGAGAUGAGAACAAAUGUGAAGGAACUGAAGAAGACAGCAGAAGAAGCACUCAAGAAGUCUCACAUACCAUCUUCUUACUUCAGCCAAUGA